AUGAAUUACACUGGCUUACUGCUCGGCAAGGGUUUUUCUUUUUGGGAAAAAAAUGGUUCCAUAAAGCUACCAGGAGACAUCAAUGUACAAUGGAAGGAUUAUCGAGAAAUUGUUCAGCCAGACAAAGCAAGUUUCUGGGUUAUGCUAGGAAGCCUGCUUUUAUUUAUUGUAUGGAUUGUUUUCAUAACAUAUUACAUGUCUCGAAUUAUUGGCCCAAUCGUUGCAUUUGUGCUUACGCGAAUUGCUCAUCUGAAAGGAUAUGAUGUACAAAUUUCGAUGGGCUCAUUUUCUAUAAGCUUCCUUUCUGGUAAAAUAAUGUUUCGCGAUUUUCGAUGUAUGUGUCAAAAUUUCUUAUUCUGUUGCAAUGAUGGAUGGAUUAUCUUUUCAUAUUGGAAUUACAUUCCAUCAGAUUAUGCACAUAAAAGUAAUAUUUCGAGAUUGCAUAUAUCGUUAAAUGGCUUGCAAUUGCAUAUAUAUAAUCGCUUAUCAAACUAUCGAUCUUUAGCUAGAUAUUUUGGCCUCGAAAAAUUGUUUAUUCCUUUAAAAGAUGAAAUUGAUGUUAACAAAGUACGACGAUUUACCACGGAAAAAGAACUGGAAUGGGACAAAUACUAUGAUAAUUUCUGGUCUUUAAUUGGUUAUAUUAAAUUAGAUAUCAGUUCGGGACGCUUGGUUGCUGGAAAUUCACUUUUGCCGUCAAUGAUUGUCUUAUCUUUUGAGAACUACACGUCAGAAGUUUCACUGAAGGAGUAUGGCAGAGGUGAUGAUGUGGCGUUACUUAGCAUAAUUGGUGGCAUGGAAAACGUUCGUGUUACACUGGUACAAUGUAGUCAAUUCUUAGAAAAAAGAUCGACGAGUUCUAAUAGUCGAUGUGAUCCACCACCUAGAACAAUGGGUGAUGGCUUCGCAAUUGUUCAAACGGCGCAUCUUAAUUUCUUCUACAGUCAAUCUAUUCUCGGUGUUGUGAAAGAAGGUCAACAAUCAAUGACUGAAGAUCUUCCAAUUUGGGAAUCCGUAUGGCGAUUCGAUAAAAACACCGUGUUUUCAUAUGGUCCUUGGGCUGAUGCGCAACGUGCUCUGCUCUACGAUUUUUUCUUUCCACCAGAAUAUCGUAAUUCGGAAGUAAUAGUAAUGCCAAAAGAAGGCGAGCGACGAAUUCUGUUAUCACAUGAUAUGAGAAUUUCAUUGUGGAAUGAUGCAGCAGUUGAUAUAUGGUUUAUGAGAGGGGACGAACUGAAUGCUUUACAUUUACGUGUUAAACAAGGCUCUUCUGUUGAUCUGAAAAUGCCUUGGGUGACAACAGAGAAAGGCUAUGAGACUGUCCUUCGUUGCUGUCUUUUAUUCGUUGAAUCGUCCACUUCUCUUGCAUAUCCAAAAUUUUUCCAAUGUGAAACCUUGCGUUUAACACUUAAUGUGCAUUAUCCACGCAUUUUCAAUGGACAUCAAAUGUGGAAAUGUGCUAUUAAAAUUAAUAAAGCAAGCACUUGGAUCGUGUGGGAUCAUAAGCACUUCUUUGCCGAUUUGAUCAAUGAAUGGACUUCAAAUUCACUUAUGGAUUUGUUUAAAUUCGUUCCAUACACAUGGGAAUUCGAAAUUAAUGUUAUGGAUAGUUUUGAACUUACAUUACUGUUGAAUGAACAUAACUGGAUUGAUGCCAGUUCUUCAGUAUCUGCGGAAAAUCAUUUAGCUGCUAUUGUGGGCGAAAAUGUGACAAUAUCGUUCGCCUUACCGUUUGUCGAUUUUUAUCCUAAAACAGUAACAACUGUUUAUGAAAUUAAAGCACAAGGCAUGAUUGCAUUACGCACAUGGUUACCAUCUAAAAGUCCUCUCUACAGUGUCCUUCAUUCUCUACUCAAAUAUGCUUCUUUUACUGUGACUUCCCCAACAAUCGAAAAUUUAUCAGCUAUGUCACAUUUAGCACAAGACUGGGUAGAACUGUGGAGAACUGAAACAGUUACACUUUUAUUUGAGUAUACUAGUCAUCCAUUAUAUUAUGAUCCACCAUCUGAUCUUCCUUUGAAUGCGAUCAAAUCAACAUCAAGAAAUCAAGAAACCCCAAUUAAUUUACCUCCGGAUCAGCUAUCACUUGAGGUCAAUAUAGGCGAUUCAGAAAUCAUACUAGUAGGCCUACUAAUUCGUUUCAUUAUCGAUUUGAAAAAUAAUUAUUUUGGAUUAUAUGAUCAGCUAACUGAUGUUGGAAAAAUUAAUAUUGAUACGCCAACAAGUCCACUUUAUGGCAACGUCAUUUACGGUGAAUGUGAACGAUAUCGACCGCUUUUGCUGCGUCUUUGUUUACGCGUUGGUAAAAUUAAAGGAUUUUGCUUGGUUCACAGUUCAAAAAUGAAUUCAGCGAUGAGUAGCUGUCCAGAGGUUCGGGUUGAUGAAAUAGUUUUGGAAAUUGUUAAGGAUGCAUACGGUGCGAUGGUUCAGGUUGGUUUGGGGACAGCUUCGGUAAAAUUCAAACCAUCCUCCGGAUUUCCUAGUACUGAUGUUGGUUUAUUCGUACUGGAAACAUUUUCAUUUCGUGGCCAAGCUCUUUUUUCGGACCUAGAUGUUCCGUGGGAUGCUGCAACUCUUGAAUAUGGUUGGCUUGUAGAGAUUUACGCUGAGCAGUUGUUUGGUAAACUUCAUUCUUCCCAGAUUGCUGUGCUUGCGCAGUGUAUUGAAUCGUUAAUGGUAUUGACCGUUUGCUCGGAUGAUAAAUUAUUAGUACCUGAGAAAUAUGAUUUUUGCAUUCAUAUGAAUGACCCCCGCACUUGUCCAUAUGGUGCAUUAAAUUUAGUCCAUCGAAAGGCACCAGUCCAAAAUUGUGAAUCCGAAGAGACAUUAAAAUAUAAAUCACUGCGAAUUAAUAUUGAACAAGUGAGAAUAGCUGUUAUGGAAGAACGAAGUGCACUUCAAUUUGAACUGUCACCAAUUCGUUUGGCUCAUUGCAGUUGUCACAAUGCAUCGUUUUACUCUAAUAUUCUCCUGAAACUUCCUUCAAUCCAAUUGAAACUGUUUGCAUUUGUUUUGGCAAAAGAUGUAGAAAAAUGGGUUGAAUGUGGCUCUUUUUUAUUGAAUGACAUAAGUUUCGAUGUAUGUUUGCCUUACGGAAUAUCUGAAGCACAUCUAUUCUCGGAGCGAAGAAAUUUCCUUAAUAAACAUGACAAACGCACCAAAAGACUUUAUUUUCUGUGGGAUAAUACAAAUAGUUGCGCGUGCUUUGGUCAUACUUGGUUUUUUGGUUCUGUUGAUAGAAUUGGGCUGUCGCUGAUGCGCGAACUUAACAAACCGUUUUUGUGGAGCAGUAUUAGGAGUGAGAAGAACAUGCAACCUGUUAUUGGCCAAAGUAUUAUUCAUGAGGAUAGAUGGAUGAUCAGCAAAAAAAAUUUUGUGGCGCAUAAAAGCUUUGCUGUUAUCGAAGAAAAUAGAAAAAAGGAAACUGUAUGUGAAAGAAAAGUAUCAUCUAACGAUUCCUUCCAUUCUGCAUUUUCGUCAGCCGACGUUAAUGUAUAUCACCAUAUGGUUGGUCCAAUACUUUCAUCUGCAAUCCUUCAUGAAAAUUACGCUUCAUUUUUAAGUGUUUACGAAAAUGAAAUGACAAGUGAUAGUGAUUCGCAAUCGUUCAAGUCUAGCUUUUUCCGAAAGAUAACAUCUGGAAUCAACGAAUUAACAUUAACAAAACAAGAAGAGAAGCAGAAGUUAAUUAAGAAAAGAAGUGUUACUACUACUGAAUUACCUGUCGAUACUAAUAUGUCUGACCUACAUACGAUGAAGAUAAAUGGCGUUUUAGGAAAUCAGUUGCAUGUCUUUAUUACACCGUUGGCUUUAGAGGUAACACAACGUAUUAUGGAGCAAAUAUCUGCUGGAUUCAUUCUUAUAAAUCCUGUUUUUAUCAUUCAACAUCUCUACACAUUGUGUUCCUUCCGACAUCAUUCUCAACCUCUUACAAAUACUCAAAUUAGCGAAUCAAAUAACAGAAAAAGUCAAUCGCGUUUGCAAGGCAGUAUUACAUUUCCCGACAUCAAUAUCAUUUUCUUCCAAUGCGGAAUGAUUGAAAAAACUAUUCACUUGGCAUCACUUGAAGAUUCUGUAUCUCGUCUAGCUCGAAGCAGUGUUAUUCUAUUGCGUUUUCACAAGACUGUUUUGUAUCUUUCAAACAAUGAUUCCCAUAGAAAGAAAACCUUCCCAAGAAUGGAAUUAACCUUGAAAAGUCAUGCACAGUUUCUCCAGUUGGUUGAAUCAUGGAAAUUAGAUUUCGCGUACAAUAAAUCUUUUUCCCUUAAAUACUGUACAAACUGGAAUCAAUUGAAUUUAAACAAUCGUUUUCGUGGAUAUGACCUAAGAGUUGUUAUAGAUAGUGAACUUCCUGAUCUCACAUUAAAAGUGAAUAACGGUGGGGUGAACAGUAAAUUACACGCAUUCGGUGCACAAGAUCAACUGUCUUUGAUGAUCGGACCAUGUGGAUUAACAGUUGGUUUAUGUAAACCAAUUGGACAAACAGCCAGCGUGGAAUGGCCUUUUUUUGAUGUCUUUGCACCUUGUGUAACUUCUUGGAUAUAUGCUAUUAAUCGAUUAAGCGGAAGUUUAACAAAAAAUAUGGCAGCUAUGGAUGAAUGGAUAGAUUUUGCACUAAUAAGAUUGCUAUGGGAAGUAAUGGAUUGCAAUAAUGGUCAGCUGUUUAUAUUCGAAAAAAGUUGUUUUUCGGAUGUGCAGCUGUAUAAUAAGGCUGCAGCUUCAUGUCCCAGUUGUUUGUUAGCGAUAGUUUUAUUGCGUUAUGUUGCCCAGGAAGAUCUGAGCGAUUGUUGGCAACAAGUAGAUUAUUCGGAAAUGCGACAUUAUUUGAACGAAAAACGGCGAAAACAAGCAUUAGUAGCUUUGCUCAGUCACUGGCAAACUAUUCUUUGUUCACAAGUCAAGAUCUCAAAUGUUGAAUUGGCACACAGAUAUCUUAAACAUCAUCUGAAAAAUACCACAAGUUCACAUGAAAUUCGUAUAAUUGUUGAUUCAAACCAUUUGGGUAGUACUGUUGAUAAAAACAGUGGUAACAGUAGCGCUCGUUCAACUGCCGAAUCUCAUCAAAUGGACUUAUAUCACUGGGUUUUGGCUAAGCAUCGUGAACAGAAAGAAGCUGCGGCACGAAAUAGAACUACCAAAAAGCUACUGGAUGAUACACCGAUAAAUGCCAUGGAAAUUGCUUUGUCUGCUUUCUUUUGGUCUUUUUAUGAGGCACGUGGACUUGAAUCUUCAAAAGCAAAUAUUCUGUUACCGAUGGCUAACAUUGAUGCUAAGUUUUCGGUUGAAUUAAUAUCGGUGAAGGUUGACAUACUGGAACCAAAAAUGAUUUCUGCAUCAAGCGUCAACUACUUAUCUACUACAAGACACCACCUCUUACACCUGGAUUCACUUGAUAUGAUGGGGCAGAUUCAUACAGAACCGCGUUUUGAUGAAUUUAAACUUCGUCUUACAAGGAUUUUCAUAUUUUUAUCGUAUAAUUCUUCUCUACAAAACAUACGUAUGGUAUUUCCUUUUGUGGCUGUCUGUCUUUUUAACGACCUUUCACGAGUAAUUCGCUCCUGCACAUCGGCUUUCGCACAUUUGAAGAUGGCAGAAACAUGCGAAGGACCGAAUGAAACAAUGCGUAUUUCAAAAUCCCUUUCAAAUCUCGGAGCUUCUGAAUUUGGCAUUACCGAUUCAACAUAUUGGUUACAUAAUGUGAUCGAUAAACUGCAAGAUUAUUUGGGUUCUCGGAUUGGUGCUGUACAGUUCAGCGGGGAGGUGUUAGAAAUGAAAGUGGAUGGCAACAUGGAUAUUAAAGUUGCUGUGCUUGAAAUGACGCUUACUCACUUAUAUAUUUCAGCGACACUAAAAAGGGCACGGGUUGAACAUGUGAAUCGGCGAGAUAAGAUAAUAGAUAAUAAGAUAAUGGAUGAAUUGAACGCAUCCAUUCAACGUGCUAAUCUCAUUUUAUCUGAAUUUGUGUUGGGUCACGAUGCCAAGCAUAUCGUUAGCUUUUUGGUCAAAACGAGUUCGUUAAAAUUUGAAAGGGAGAAAUAUAUUAAAGGAUCGGUGAGAAGUCGUAUUAAAAUACUAAUUGGUGAUGUCGAAGGUGACACACCUAUUUAUGCUCAGAAUCUUCAUGAAGUUGUCCUCAGGAAUGUUUCACAAUUGAACGAGCAGAUAACUCGUCUAGAAUAUAACGCUCCAACGCCCGUUGGUGAAUAUUCAGCUCAUUUGCAACAGCGACAAAAUGUAGUGGUUCUGAAUUUCGAACUUCUAAUAAGCAGCAUUGAACUGUCUGCUCAGUUACUGCCCUCACUAAAAGUGAAAUAUCGACUUGAUCAAGCACAGAGUUCUGGGAAUACAGGAUCAGCAUCAAAAUUUAUCGGCCGAAUUAAAAGCCACGUUGUUCAUUUCACUGUUAUUGCACCCAAUGAUGAAAAACGAACAUCUUUGAAUUCGGAUACCUUUACGCUAGUACUUCCUCACAUUUCUGCUGAGGGUGCAUAUCGCAUGCCGGAGAAAAUUGAGCCUAUGGAUGAAAUGGGGGACGAAAAUUUACUUUUCAGGGAAGGUGGAUACAUCGAUGUAGUCUUGACAGUCGGUAAAUUAGAGCAUGUAUUCACCACAGAUUUACUUAAUCAAAUUCUUUUUGCGGAACAGUGUUUCCGUACUGAACUGGUAUCGCUGAUUGACAGAAUUAUUGACGACCGAACUAUUCGUCCACCAGCACCUUCCGAACAGCUUCCUUCGCAAGAUCCAUUCCUGUUCACUAUUACCCUACGUGGAGAGACAGCCCCUUGGCUUCAGCUCACUGCCAGUACACCGACUUCAAUUGCAGUUCGAUUAACGUUCGAUAAUAUCACAGCUACCUUAACGAAUCGUUGGAUGCAAAAAGGAGUACGGUCAGAAACGAAAAGAUUAUAUGGGAAAGCGGUAAUUGGUGUGAGUGCUAAACUUGGUCUUUUGGUUAAAACUGCUAUGUUUGAAGAAAUUGAAACUGAACUACAAGAAUUUGCAACAUUUAUGACACAGAUAACUCUACAAAAUAAACGCAGCAGUGUACCGUCUUCAUAUAGUUAUGUUGUUACGGUAAAUCGUCCUAUUCUUCUCAUUAAAUCAUCCGCAAUUGAUAAAGCAAUCUUGUUAUGGUUAAAUUACAAAAAUACUUACGACUUUUGGCAUGAAGAACGAAAGAAAAUGUUAAAAUCAACGCGGCGUUCAUCUCUUGCGACAACUCAUGUUUCAACACCUCUAAAUGCAGAAACAGGAGUGAAUGUCAGUUUGUCGUUGAAAGUAACCAAUGGUAUUUACGUUUGUAUGCCCUUAUAUAGUGCAGACCUGAGUGAAAACCUCUCCGCGCUGCUUAUUUCGUUGCAAAGUACGGAUAUUAGUGUUUGCGUGAAGAAAGAAUUGGCAUGUCAAGCAAAGUUUCAUAAAUUUAAAGUCAAAUUUAUCGACAAUUUCGAUGAUCAGGCCCUGAAUGAUACUUGGAUUGAGGAGGAACCUGGUGAUCCAUCGCGCUCAAAUUACUUCUAUUUUCCUCAAGGUACUUAUCAACUUGUUUCACGUGCAACGGCUGCUUCUGACUCAUCCGAGAAUGCUAAAUGGACUUUAUCAAUAAAAUGGCAAAUGUGUGGAAUGAUGAUCGAUCUAGAUCAACGCAUCGGUAAGCAUGCGUCACUUCUAAUUAGUACUUUCUCAUCGCUUACAUCCGAUAUUAGUGAAGAAGACUGGGAAGAAUUGGCAAAUGAGUCAUCAUCAGUUAUCUAUGGUAAUGAAGAUGAACAAGAUGCUGAAAUUGAUGCUACAGGUGAACUCGGCAGUCUUGCGCAACCUGAAGAACGAAUUCAGUGGCUGGAGCGAAAAAUGCACGAACAGUCGGUUUUGGUUACCGACUUGAUGCAAUGUGGUGCAUCGGAGCCGGCUAUCGAAAAGGAGAGACGAACGUUGCGUAAACUGGAGUCGGCUCGGUUUAGGCAGUUUCGGAAAUCAAUAAUUGAAAAGCUGAAACGCAAUGCCAGUCGCCAAAGAAAAAAGUUAAUGGAGCCGAAGAAGUCUGUCGGAAAUUAUGAAGCAAGGCAAGUGGUAAAUUUAUUAUCAUCUGAACAAUCGGACGAUCCAUCACAGAUCACUGAUACUCCAAGAAAAAAUGUGUUGGGUUUGCAACUCAGUGGAUUACCUAAAUGUUCGGAAAGAGGGUCUUCAAGCGGACGUUCAUCAGAGAGUAAUGUUAUGUCAAGUACAGUUGACAUGAAUAUCGAUGUACAGGUAGGUAUCGAAUCUGGUUCAUGCACUUUGCGGGCAUUUGGUAAAUUAGAAGAGAAUACAGGUCUGCCAUCGAAACGACCGUCUGUACGAGAUUUGAAGUCAAAAAUGGCACAAACAAGUGAAUAUGUAGCAGUCACAAAACUUGCAAUUCCAAGUGUUGACAUCCGAGCUUAUUAUACUUCACUUGACACAGGUCAAAUACACAAACAAAUACCACGUCAUGUCCAAGCUACGUUUUUGCAUAAAUAUGGACGAUCCAGCCAGUGGCGUCGGCCAGCCUUUUAUCUUGCAGUCGAAUUGGCAAGCAUGCCACAAGAGUCACUAAUAACACCACAUCUUGCCGAUUUUCUUGAGCAAAUGUUUGCGACAAUUCCUGAAAAUAAUAUAAAUUCAUCGUUAAAUCUUUCAAACUUGGAUCAGAAUGAAAUGACUGAUUAUGAUGUAUCGAUUGUUGAAAUGGACACCUCUGUAAUUCCCCUUGAUGUUUUAUUCCAUUUAACAGUACAGUCUUCUGCAAUUCGAUUUGAAGGUCAACAACAGCGUACAGCUGCAGCUGAUUGUUUGCUAAAGCUUCCAUCACUUACACUAAUGGCAUCAACAAGGCCGCACUGCGACGGGGCAACUGGUAGUGUCACUGAUACGGCUGGAGGUGGAAUACACGUUGCUGCAACAUUAAGUGCUUUCUCGUUGAAUAUCUAUAGUCCACAUCAGCGUUCUACAGCUCAAGAUGCUCUUUUGCUUACACUUGAUCAUCUUUUGAUUCUAGCUUCGAGAAGUAAAAACAGUCGUUUGGAAUCAGACAACAAAGUUCAGUUCGUAUUAACUGCAAAUAUUGGAUCAGCUAAUUUCAAUUAUGAUAUGCGUCGCCUUGCGGAACUAAUUUCCUUUCCGAAACCGUGGUACCGGCACACUAUUGUACGCAGAUUGUUCAUUGGAGACCAUUCCGUCAAAACUCCAACUUAUAAUACUGAAACUUCUUUUGUAAUGAGUCACGCAUCAUCCAGACCACUUUCUAAUAAGGUUUCGUCAGAACAAGACAUCUUUAAGAAAAAGGAAUGGAGUGCUGCUGUAAUAUGUGGUGUGGAAUGGAAGGAACUCAAUAUCAGUGCGCAAAUGGCUAAUACAAUGGGAAAUACGAAGUUGAUUUUACGUGAAGGUGUUUUGCGUGGCUACUGUCAACUUAAUUCAAAACAAAGUAGAGCAAUUUCAAUCAACUUUGGUUUAGAAUCAGCUGUAUUAUCAGCUUACGGUGGUGCAAUAUCAGGCGAAAUUGCUAUCACAUCUUUACACAUUGCAUGCAAAAAUCAAACAGCUGCUUUGGCAAGUUUCCAUGGAAGUUCUCUUUGGUUUGCCAAACCUCCUCGAAAUUGUGCGAAGUUGGAGUUGAAGGAAGUUCAAAGUCGAAUUGAGUGGAUGAGUCGACCAAUAUUCAUUGCAAAGUGCGAAAAACCAUCAGUCACGUUUUUAGAUGAGUGGAUAUCCCUUUUUGACGAUGCAGGCGAAGUUGUAAAAGCAUCCGUAGCUGUCAACAUUACUUGUUCCUGGUCAGAUUUACAACUGAUUAUAACAAAAGUGACCGUGGAUGAUCUCAUAAAAAUCGCUCAAAAAUUGCAGUCAUUCUUCCAGGAGCAGCUAACAAAUAGUCGAAUGGUAUGGGGUAUCAGAAGUGCUGUGGCGGUGAAUGAAGCUUCUCCGAAAGUCGACGACAAAAAUUUUGUAAAUUUCACCAAAUAUCAUCAUUGGCAACCAGUGCUCGAUCUGUUAACACAUAUUCAAUCACGUCAAAAACUUUUACCAAUGCCGAAGAGUUCUGAUGGGAUGACCAUUGUGGGUGGUGUGCUGGAACUGUCUGGACAAAAUUUAUCUUUAGCUUGCAUGCAUGGGGAAAUGAAUGCAACUAGCUGGGCGCUGUUCCAUAUGCGACAACCAACAAUCAUAUUUGAACCAGAAGCACGAUACAUCUUUGUUAGCGAUAAUCGGGAUGUUGGUGUGUCAGUUGCUCAACGGCUUAACAUCAGGCUAGGUGAUAUGGCAUAUCAGCAUGGCGAUACCGAAUGUAUGGCUGUUGUAUGUCGUGUUCAGCAGAGCAGGGGAAGUAUGGUGCGACAAAUGAGCUCAGUGCUGGCAUGUCUUCAUCAUGUUAUUGGUGAUGUACUUAUACGACUUAAAUACAUCCCUUCUAAUUUGAAUCAGCCAGCUGCGCAUCAUUCUGUGCUUCAGUUAUUUCAAUUUCCUGCACUGGAUGCUGUUCUAUCCACGUUACAGAAACAAGGGAUAGAAGCUGAUGAAGAGUUUCUUGUACCUGAGGUACACAGUUCUUUCAUUUGUGAAUUCCAUGAUUCAGUGAACGUUCAGACGGAUUUUAGCGCACAAGUCAGUUUUUUGCCCGAAUUGAUCAAUACAUAUAUGAAAAUAAAGACAGAGGAGGAAAAAGCAGUCGAUGUAAAUCGUGAUUUUCGUCGAUUCAUCUGUGAACGGUGGGUGGUGGAUCCAAAAAUUUGUUUCAUUGAUCGCUUUAAAUGGAAUCCUCCUGUUAUUGAUGAAAUCUUACGUAAACUGCAGAUAUUUGACCAUCGAACAACAAUACCGAAAGCAUUACAGCGUGGACUUCUCGAUCCAUGUGAUGCUUUUUUAGCGCAAAUUGAAUUAUUUGUUCUACUGAUUGCUAGCAAGUCAUCUAAAAGAACAUCUUUUUAA